AUGAUUGAUCGCUCACAGCUUCUUGUAUAUUUAGCUAUAUCCUCUGGCUUUUACUUGUUAUCCUCAUGUGUUCUGUUGAUAGAUAGCUCGCUUGGAUUGGCAAAGAUUCCCCAAGCAUAUGACUUAGAUGGGUCACUACUUUUAAAGAACCAAGUUACCUUUUAUAGAAACGUGAUAAUAAUGAAUGCCCUCAUAACAUUUUUAUAUUUGUUUACAUUAUGUUUCUUUAAAAUUCGAUGGUCCAAAAUUUUCUAUUGGGCUAUUUAUUUGGUGGGGUUUAUUUGCCUUUCCACAGUCUUCUUUGUUUCGUUCUCGGGUUUCACAGACAUCAAAAAGGUUCAAAACAUGACAUCUGAGCAAAAACGAUACAACGAAAAAAGAAAUGAGUGUUGUUUCUAUGGGGAUGAAACGGCACUAUGUAACUGCCAUAUUGUUGAUAAAAAUUGUCCAACGUGUGACUUUUCUUUUAAAGAUUUGUACUUCUUUGUGUCAUUCUGUUCAAAUGCAAUUUGUGUGGUGGCUUUGUUCAGCUGCUUAUGCAUAAUCAUAGCAUUCUAUUAUAAAACACUCAAAGAAAAGGCAAAGGAACACAAUCAGACAAUUUACCAAAUGAUGAACGAAAAAGCUUACAACCUUUUCCACAAUAAGUCUUUGGCAGAAAGUGAGAACAACACGGAAAAGGAGGCUUUAGUGUAA